AUGCCACCUCGUCACCAGACCCGUAAGACCACUCGCAGAGUGAACCAUGGUCCGGAAGACACUGCAUCAAAUGAUACGCCAGUUGAUCCAAACAUGGUUUCUGCUAUCAACCAAGCCUUUGCUAGAUUGCUUCCUACUCUUGUUGCUCAAGCUGUGGAGGCAGUUCUUCUGCAAACUCGCUCUGGAGGACACGUUAAUACUAAUGCCAAUUCUGGACCUAGAAUUGUUGGGAACACCGAGACUAAUAAUGCUGAGGGCAUCCAUGUAUGGCUCAAUAGGUUCCAAAAAGAACAACCAAAAUCUUUCAGUCAUGCAACCACUCCAAUCGAAGCUAGAAACUGGAUAGCUCACAUUGAGAAAAUCUUUGAAGUAUUGGGAGUUGAAGACCAGUACAAAGUCAGAUUGGCCACCUAUAAAUUGGAAGAUGAUGCGCAAACUUGGUGUGAGGGAUUCAAACAAGCUAAAGGAGGAGAUAUUUAUGCCGCUACACUCCCAUGGGCUGAUUUUUGUACUAUCUUUUAUGAGAAGUAUUUCUCCACAGCUGACAGGGAAGCCUACAUCAGGGAGUACGCUGUUAUUCGACAGGGAAAUGAUGAACCAGCAUCAGAGUUUAUGACUCGGUUUGCAAGGUUGUCUAGUAUUGUCGGUGAUGCAGCAGGAACUCCGGAAAUGCAAGAAGAAAAGUGUAAAUGGGCCGUAUGUGAUCGAAUCCAGAAGUCAAUUAUGUACAUGAAGUUCAAGGACCUUACAGAAGUGGCUGAUGCAAUCAAGACUUUUGAAUUUGAGAGGAAAGAAUUCUUAUCUCGAACAGGGGAGAACAAGAAAAGGGACAGAGAUGGAAUCCGCACCCAGACAGCAGGUCAGUCAUCCACUACCCCACAACAGCAAGACCACAAAGUUCAAGCAAAGCGAAAUCCCGGAGAUCAGACCCGACCAUGGCAGCCUAGACCCCAAAACUCAAGGCCGACACAAAAUCAAAUUCAGCCGUAUGAAGCACCGGUCGCAGCAAAACCACUAAAUCAACAUGGAAAUCGAAACCAAACCUUGAUCCCACCAUGUAAUAGUUGUGGGAAGCGUCAUCGAGGCAUAUGUCGUCGAACUUUGGGCACUUGUUUUCAUUGUGGCCAAGCUGGACAUAAGAUCAUGGAGUGUACUAAACAAGAAGAUAAAAAGAAUACCGCCAUUAUUGCACCACCUAACACUGGAGGACGAGUUUUCGCACUUACUGCUACUGAGGCUGCUAAUACCCCAGGUACUAUAUCUGGAACUCUUCAACUUGGAGAACGUGAUAUCUAUGUGUUAUUUGAUACAGGGGCAACCCAUUCUGUUGUUUCUCACUUGUUCACAAAAUACCUUAUGAUCGAACCUACGACAUUAGACCGUACUCUAUCUAUCUCUACUCCUAUGGAAAACUCGAUUAUAAUCACACACGUAUAUAGAGAUUGUCCUAUUCGUAUUGAGUCCUUUGUACGUGAAGCGGACCUUUUUCCUAUACAAAUGAGUGACUUCGAUGUUAUUCUCGGGAUGGAUUGGUUGACUCGUUAUCGUGUAUUAAUUGAUUGUUAUUCUAGACGAGUCAUAUUCAGCGACCCUCUUCAUCCUGAUGUUGUCUAUCAGGGGAUCCAACCUCGUAAAUCUCUUAAGCUUAUUUCAGCGCUCAAAGCUCAAAAGUUGAUAUCUCACGGUUGUGUCGGAUUCCUAGCAUCGGUUAAGGAUACCUUAGUAGGCGGAGUCAACAUCGACAGUUAUCCGGUUGUUCGUGAGUAUCCUGAUGUGUUUCCGGAUGAAUUACCAGGACUACCACCAGAUCGUGAAAUCGAAUUCACCAUCGACUUGGUCCCUGGUGCGAAGCCUAUUUCCAAGGCGCCGUAUUGUAUGGCUCCGUUGGAACUGAAAGAGUUGAAGGAACAGUUGCAGGAGUUGUUAGAAUUGGGAUUCAUAAGACCAAGCGUCUCACCUUGGGGUGCACCGGUUUUAUUUGGAAAAAAGGACGGUAGUAUGCGGUUGUGUAUUGACUAUCGAGAACUUAACAAGAUUACGAUUCGUAACCGGUAUCUGCUACCCCGCAUUGACGACCUUUUCGAUCAACUUCAGGGUGCUAAGUUCUUCUCGAAAAUAGAUUUGAGAUUCGGUUACCAUCAACUUAAGAUAAGAGAGGAGGAUGUCCCGAAAACUGCCUUCCGUACGCGCUACGGCCAUUAUGAGUUCUUGGUUAUGCCUUUUGGGCUAACCAAUGCCCCUGCAGUAUUCAUGGAUUUAAUGAAUCGGGUAUUCCAUGAUUUCUUAGACAAAUUUGUCAUUGUUUUUAUCGAUGACAUCUUGGUGUAUUCGAAAAGUAGGGAAGAACAUGAGGAACACCUACGUAAAGUGCUUGAAACUUUACGACAUAAGAAGUUGUAUGCAAUGUUUUUAAGAUGUGAUUUCUGGCUCAAUCAAGUAGCAUUCCUCGGUCAUGUUGUAUCGGCAGAUGGAAUCAUGAUGGAUCCCACAAAGAUUGAGGCAAUCACGAAGUGGCCUAGGCCAACUUCUGCUACGGAAGUUCGAAGUUUCUUAGGUCUAGCUGGCUACUACCGGAGGUUCGUGGAAGGAUUUUCCACCAUUGCCUUACCCCUCACGCAACUUUUGAGGAAAGGAGUGAACUAUUCGUGGAAUGAGGAACGCGAGAAGAGUUUUGAGGAGUUGAAGAAACGACUUGUAUCGGCUCCGAUACUAACUCUUCCUUCUGGUUCAGGCGGUUACCAGAUUUAUAGUGAUGCCUCAAAGAAAGGCCUAGGUUGCGUGUUAAUGCAACAUGGGAAAGUUAUCGCAUAUGCGUCACGCCAAUUGAAGCCUUACGAGGUUAAUUAUCCGACACAUGACUUGGAAUUAGCCGCAAUUGUCUUUGCAUUGAAAAUAUGGCAUCAUUAUUUGUACGUCGAGGCUUGUGACAUUUUCACAGACCACAAGAGCUUUAAGUAUAUAUUUACCCAGAAGGAGCUAAAUAUGAGGCAAAGGAGGUGGUUAGAGUUAUUAAAAGAUUACGAUGCUAAGAUUCAGUACCACCCAGGCAAAGCUAAUGUGGUGGCUGACGCUUUGAGUCGAAAGAACUUUGGCAUUGUAUCAUGUCUUCAAAUUCAACCUCGAAUUAUAUCCGAUCUUGACAGGAUGGGCAUUGGCUUUCGGGUAGGUAAAUCAGAUGGUUAUCUUGCUAGAAUGCAAAUCGAGCCCGACCUUAUCUCAAGGAUUAAGGAUGCACAAAAGUCUGACGGCGAAUUAUGGGCAAUAUCACAAAAUAAUGAGGUUGGGAAGCAGUCUGAGUUUUGGGUGGAUGAGCAAGGAGUGAUUUGGUGUGGCAAAAGACUGUGUGUACCCGAUGAUACCACCCUACGUGAGUCAUUAUUAGCUGAAGCACACAGCUCGCCAUUUUCUAUCCACCCGGGGUCUACAAAGAUGUAUCGAGAUUUGCGUCAAAACUUUUGGUGGAAUGGCAUGAAGGAGGACGUUGCUAAAUACGUGAGUAGAUGUCUCACGUGCCAGCAGGUGAAGAUCAAGCACCGGCGAGCUAGCGAACUUUUGCAGCCAUUAGAUAUUCCGGUGUGGAAACGGGAUGAAAUCUUGAUGGACUUUGUAAUAGGUUUGCUUAAGACUUUUAAGAAGAAUGAUACUAUAUGGGUCGUUGUCGAUAGAUUGUCUAAGUCGGCUCACUUUCUGCCGAUUCAGCAAGGAUUUUCAGUUAGUAAGUUAUCCUGCAAGAGAUUAUUCGGCUACAUGGUACUCCAUCCUCGAUCGUGUCCGAUAGAGAUCCGAGGUUUACCUCACGGUUUUGGAAAGGCUUUCAAGCUGCUUGGGGUACAAGAUUAA